AUGGCUUCUGGAAGCCCGCCAGCAGCUGUUAAGCUCAACGAAAACGGCAUUCCCAACUUCGACGCUCUCCCUCUGCGACCUGGCGACCCCAAGUACUCCACAUGGGGCUUAUACGGAGAAAAAGACGAAUUGGGAACUCUCAACAGGCUCACCGACGAACGAGUCGCCGAGGCAGCAAAGAACGAAAUCAAGGCUGGUGUUAGAAUCUCCCUAAACUGGCCCCUCAGCGCCCAAGCCCAAGCCCCAAAAAAAGACAAAGACUCGGACUCGGACUCGGAGUCAGUUGGCUUCUUCAACCGCAAACUCUUCCACCAAGACCUCUUCGCCAAGCCACCCCGGUGCGUCAACGAUGACGUCUGGACAUUCAACACGCAGGUGUCCAGCCAGUGGGACGGGCUGAGACACUAUGCUUACCAGAAGGAGAGGUUGUUUUAUAAUGGGGUGACGAUGGAGGAGAUUCAUGAGGAUAGUGGGAGCGGGGUUAAUGGGGUGCAAGCAUGGGCAAAAAAGGGCAUAGUAGGCCGUGGCGUCCUUGUCGACUUUCACUCCUGGCGUCUGAAGGUCAUCGAGGAGCAGCCGAAUUUGAACCCAUAUCUGACCCAGAGAUUGGUCAACUUUGAUCACUUUGCCACUACGCCCAUCUUGCUGGGGGAUAUACUGGCUUGUUUGGAGUACCAGGGGACGGAGGUUAAGUUUGGGGAUGUGUUGUUUGUACGGUCUGGUUGGAUCCAACAACACCAAUCUCUCUCCUCCUCCUCUGCCCUUCAAUCCCACCAAAAAGUCAACCCCCCCUUCCUUCUGCGGCCUGGAACCCUCGAUCCCGCUCUUCAAAUACCUCUGGAAGAACUUCUCCGCCGUAGCGGGUGA